AUGGCAUGCUUACGGUGUACUUGUCCUCGAUUUCGCGCACGUUAUAAACGCCUGGUUAAUAAUAUCUACCCAGCUGAUCCUUCUGAAGGCCUAAUCAAGAAUAACAUGGAAAAAUUACUCUUCUACGCUUUAUCACAUCAUCAAAAAUUAGAUCGAAUUGCCAAGUAUAUGUAUCAGCGAUUAUGUCGAGAUUUAUACCGCAACCGGGCCAGAUAUGCCUGUAUUACUGUGGCUGCUAUGGAUAGGUUAUUAAUGGCUUGUCAUGCACCUAGCCUAAAUCUUUUUAUCGGUAGUUUUUUAAAAAUGAUUGAAAAACUACUAGAAUCCCAAGAUGUUGAAUUACAAGUCUUAGGAACUAAUUCGUUUGUUGCCUUUUCAAACAUAGAAGAAGAUACGGCAUCGUAUCAUCGGAAAUAUGACUUUUUCAUAUCUAAAUUUAGCUCCAUGUGUUGGGAUACUAACAAUAAUGAAGAAAUUAGAAAUAAAAAGCGAUUAGCAGGAGUACGAGGCUUGCAAGGUGUUGUUCGUAAAACCGUUUCCGAUGAUCUCCAAGUCGACAUUUGGGACAGCGCUCACAUGAAUAAGAUCAUCCCAUCAUUACUCUUUAUUGUUCAAGAUCAUUUAUCUGAUAGUUAUUUAGAACGAGCUGAUGAACAAUUCUCCUUACCUGUUGGAGAAGACAGCAGCCCUGGAAAGCUAGCUGAAUUUUGCCUCAGAGAAUUACUAGCGCGAACAAAUUACGCUAACGUUAAAGCUGUAUUAACACCUCUACUAACGCAUUUAGAUAAUUGUGAACUUUGGCUUCCUAACGCAUUUGCCAUUCAAUGCUUUAAGUUGGUUUUGUGUUCGGUACAAAGCCAGCAUUCAUAUGUCGCCAUUGAAGUCCUACUUAACCAUCUAAAUGAUAUAUCGAAACACAAUCCGAAAAUUAAAACUAGCCUUUUAGAGGCCUUAGGUGAAGCUAUUGCAAUAGCUGCCGGUGGUGCUAUAGGUUCGUCAAUCUUUGAGGUAUUCAAUACUCUACUAUUUCAUCUGAAAUCAUCAGUUGCUGUCUUUUCCAAUCAAUAUCGACGGAAAGAUAUACCGGUAAUAUUCCCAUUUCGUCAUGAAAGUGUUACUGUAACUUUAAAAUCAUUUCCUCCUGAAGAUGAAAAAAAAUUUCAAGAAGCAGUUACUAAUGUUGUGGGGGCUUUUGGUGCUACUCUUCCAGCUUACCAGAAAAUUGAAGUUAUGACAUUUAUUACAUGUAAAAUACCAACAGUUAGUGAGAUUAGUGAAGGUCUUAAAACCUCAAAUCUUUCAAGCGUAUUUCCUAGAUCAUUAUUGGAACCCCUUUUACGAUUAUCUCGUUCAUCUGACUCAGGUAGGAAACGUCAGAGACUUCUGUGGGUGUUAGAUACCAUGACGUUAACUGCAUUUUUAACGAUCUUUUUAUCUAAUACUACAGGAGUCAGAUUAAAGGUACAGAAAGUUUUUCAUAGACUGCUCGACCGUCAUGAGAACUUACCGAGAUUAACCCCCUCAAGAAUCUUACUUCCAAAGUCAGAGUGGGAUCUAAAUGUAGAAAAGUGCUCUCAUCAGGAUCUUAUGUUUAUGAAAAGGGCAGGGGUCGAUUUAUUUAAUAACAUUUUUGAAAGCUUUCAAGACAGAGACAAUAAACCUGAUAACAUCUUUGCGCUCUAUCGGACAUCAGCCUUAAUACUUAUUGAAGUCAACAGUAGUGAUAUCAUUAUCGAAUUUAUCAGAAUUGCAAUGACAUUGCAGGUAUUUAUCGACGUAUUUUGUCUUGGCAAUAAUAAAUUAUAUAACAGUUUGCGAUGA